AUGUAUAGCCGCGGCCAAGGGCUCCCCAUCCUGUGGUUUGUUUUGCUCUGCCUUGCAUUUUGCCUUUUUGUACAGCCGACGCAUGGUGGAGGUGAUGCGUUUCUCCCGCGUACGCGGCGGCAGCGCACCCUGCACGUUGGUCGCCUUGAGCCUAGUAUGGAUGACAUCAAUAAGGACGUCGUUUUGGUAUCCAUCGCCGAGGAGCUCUCGCUUUUUCUCCCUUUUAAGCAAGGCUCCGUCGACACUAUCGCCCUCGAAAAUCUCGCUUUUGACGGCAGUUUUGAUCCACUCUGGUUUUACGUCUUUAUGAACCACAAGUUUGAGGACCUGGAGUGGGCCUCGUGCAGCGGGCAGUGGCGACCCGAGUGGUCUUCGCCACUUCCGUAUGAAGUGGAUGAUGAAGAUCGUUUUUUUACAAAGGAAAAUAUCACCACCACCGAAGAAGGCUCCAAUAGUCCUCCGGUUCCCCAUGAACACACCUUUGAAUAUGUACGAUAUAUUUUAUCCCACCACGAUGCCUGUUCUUUAUCGAGCUUUUCUUUUUGCGCGCACAGCGACACGGAGAGCCCUACUCAUCAAUUUCAAUGGGUAGCGGAAUUUAUGUCUACGCUUUUAUCCUCUCCAUUGAGUUGGACCGACCAGUCAUCACGCCAUAGCCGUCCAUGUGGUACAAUUUUCCAACCUUUAUCGGAUUCCCCCAAAUCUUCGACGAAUAUGCGCAAUUCAGCGAAUCCAAGUGCUAGCUGGUGUUCUUAUCACCAAAUCUUCCAUGACGUUAUCUGUUCUCAUCAUUUAAAUUCCUUGCUGAAUGGUGGUCGUCACUUUGAUGGGGAAAAGGGUAGUUUACCUGAAGGAAUUUUCAGUGCCGUCUUCCCUUCGUUUAAUGACUUUUUUUCAGCCCCUUUUGCUCAUGUGCAUUUCCGCGCAAAACAGGAGUUGCAGCCUGGAAGCGCAGGGGAGCCUACUGAGUUAGAGCUGCGCAUUCAAACUCGAAUGUCUUUCGUCCUUACGAAUGAAGUGUUAAUCAAUCAAACGGCUAUGCAUUGGCUCAAAACUCUCCAACCCUACUCUCAGGGAGGGGACCUCUCCAUUUACGUCGGGCGCGGCGGAUUACCAAAGCCUCUAGACAAGGCUCUUCCCAUCGAACAUGGUCAAUUAAGGCGUAUUCUCUUUCCUUACAAACUUGCAGUGAAACCUACGGUAGCGCUUCCUGAAACCCUCAAUAUGUUGCCGGAAGAGAGGGAAAGCGCGCUGGAAAUGCUGAAGCACCUAAGUCGACCUGAUGUAAAAUACAGCUUUCGUCCUGUCGGCAAAGAUCACGGCUAUUUAGUAGUGACACUGCAGCCCUCGCUGCUUCUUUCCGUUUGUGAACUAUCAAGACGAUUUAGCGGGGUUUUUCCUGAUAAGCUGGGCCCUGCACAUAUGCCCUUUAAGGAAGGCGAUGUUGUAUACUCGUUAUUGUUUUUCCCUCUUCACCUCGUGAGGCCUCGUUUUUACAAUAUGGAGUCGUUGGCUGGAUCUACGGAAGUGGAAAAUUACAUGACAGAUGUAAGUACCAACACCUUUACGAUAUUGCUCAAGACCAAGAUCACCUCUCUACACGUUGAAGUUUAUCGCCUUAUCCUCGAGCGGGCAGUGCAACGAACACAGGACUGUCAGGAUUGGGAGAUGGAGUCAUUGGAGUUGUCAGGCUUGCUAUUGGCACGCUUUCAGUUUUACAACGGCUGGACGGGGUUGCAAGAGAUGCCACAGAAUGCAAACGGCUAUCGCAUUAUUCCACAACCCAUCGUUUUCAUUGAGCGUGAAGUCAAAUGGGCGGAAACGACGGACAAAGCUGUGUCAUGUUCGGUGAUUUGCCAACGCGAGAACCUAUUUUCUGAACUAACCCACAUCGAUAUUUUUUUGAAGCUUCUGCAGGCUCUACGAAAACCAUCCCAGGGUUCCAACUAUAUGGAAACAGACAGCUUUGGUGCGAGCUCCGUCAGCUCGGUGCCGAGAGAUGCCAGUACCUGUCGUUGCCAAUACGGAGUCCGUGCAGCGCCUGCAUCAGGUGUGUUUAUUCCCGAGCCGGAUGCGUCAAUGGAAUUUAACUUUGUUGUCCUGGGGUUGAUGUUCGCUUCUAUUGCGGCAGUUUUGCUAACAAAAGAAGCUUUGAAGUUAGCAUCUCUUGAUUUAAAUUCAGAGAGCCAGGUUCAUGGGCUACUAAAAGAUGAAAUAAAUGGGCGCUCUAACGAAUCUGAUGAACUUCUAAAAAAGAAUCAGUAA